AUGGAAAAGAAACUUCAUGCAAAAGAUGAAGUCAUUGAAGCAAAAGACAAAAGCAUUCAGAAAAGAAUACCACGUUCGGUACCAAAAGGAAAGGAAAAGAACUAUAAGUAUAUGAUUUAUACUGAAGAGAUGGAAAAUGAAGAAGACAGAGAUAUGGUUAUGUUGCAUUUAGUCAGAAGAAACAACAAAAGCUUUUACGACCUUGCUAAGAUUUACAAAUCUGACAGAAAUUGGUUCUAUCGCGAAAACUUACCGAUUUCAAUGACACCUAAUGAAGAUGUGAAACAAAUAGUUCAAGAUACGUUACCUCAAACACACUAUGAUAUGAAAGGUUGUACAAUUCUUACAUUCAAAGAAGAUUUGCCAUUGUUAAAGGAAAAAAUAACAGAGUAUUUUGACAACUUCAAACAAGCAGAGUAA